CCCGUUUAGGUACGGUGGGAAAACCGUUGUGCCAUUACCAAUACAAUAGAACGUUUUCUUGAAGCCACGCCUUGCAUUGUGAACGCCCAGAUAAGAAAGAAAAAUUUCUCGACCGAUUGUAUUGACUUUUUAAACGCCCAACACACCCACUGGGUCUCAUUGUGUGCACGUCGACAAUGCCUCGGAACCACUGUGCGCCGGACUAAGACGAUCGUAGGGCGGAGUCUAGAGAGAGAACGCGGCGCACCUAUUUGAUAAAUAAUGGGGGGGAGUGGGACAGCGCGCGCCGCUCGGUCACACUGCGCUAGAAAAGGAUGGGCGGCCGCUUUGUAUAGAUUCUUGUGUUAUUCCGCAUAGACAAUUGAUUAUUUUACAAUUUCUAAAUAAAACCUCAUCCAAUUUUAAUACUGAACCAUCGUGAACACUAAAAUACAGCAGUCUGUAGUGCUAAAAAGGUAGAUUUUAUUAAAGUAGUGUAACUUAAUGGUGUGUAAGCGAGUUAUUGUUCGUAGGGCACUGACAUUAGGUAGGUGCGUCCUUGUCGCACUCGCGGGGCGGGGGGCAGGCAUUGUAGCGCGCGCGUAUUGUCGCUUCGAUCUGCCUCAUUGUGUGGCGGCGCGUCGCAUCGAGCGGACGUACGUCGGAUUUUCGAAUUCGAAUUUCGAACCGCGUUCGAUCGUGUACGAGUUUGAGCGUUCGUUUUUUUUGUGUUGUGUUUUUAAAGUUUUGAACUGUGUUAUAAUGCCAAAGAGUGAGACUGUUUAGACGUGUUUUGUUUUUUUUUUCUGUUGAAUCCUGGCCGGUUUUCUCUGAUGUCUCGAAAACAGAAAGGAACAAUGGUAACACUGUUGAAGAAACAUGUCAUCUAAACGAAAGUCACCUCCGUCGAAAUUGCAAGAAGGUGCCGCCGACACGGACAAGCCCGAAGCCGGCCCGGCUCCUCUGGACUUCCCGGACACACAGGAGGACGACCAAACCUACUACAAGUUCUCCCCAAGUUCUUCCCCCAGAAGUUCCAUUAGCGAGGAAGACCAGUUCGAAGAAGAAAGACCGAGCAAGAAACAAAGAUUCGAACAAAGCUUAGAAAUGACAAAUAAUCUUCUAGUCCCCUCCUCUUUUUUAAGUCUUCAUCAAGUCAAUGAUCUUCAAGCUAGACGCCGCGGCUCUUCCGAAUGCAGCAGUCCUGGGGCUGAAGCUAAAUUGGGUCUUUGCAAUAAUAACAAUUCAUUGCUGAAUCAUAAUAGCGCGCUGUCGCUCGGGAACCCGCAUAAGCGGUCGAUGGAUGACGUGCUGAAGAGGUUGACGUCUAAAAUGAACAAUAGUACGAUUAAGGAGGAGAAGAGGCCUACGCCGUCGACUACGCCUGUUAAGCAGAACAACGACAGACGAGGAGUACUAGACGCGGCAGCAAUCCAGGCGUUGGCUGGCGAAAGUGUGCUGGAGAAAGAAAGACAGCUGUCCGAGAUGAUUCUACAGCUGCAGAUGGUGCGGGAGCAGCUGUUAGCGCAGCAGGAGCAUGCUAAGAAUAUCGGCAACGUGACAGCCGAGUUGGAGUUCCAAAGACUGCAGCAGGAGCAACUGAGGAGACAGGAGCUGGUUAGGCGCGGGCAGCAUGGUCUGUACCCUGGGCCGCCGCUGUCUCUACUGCCGAUGCUGGAACAGAUGAGGGCUCAGCAACCCAAUGUGAGUCUUGUGGGUUCCCCCUGGCCAGCGACCGCGCAGCUAGCACAACUGACCGCCAGCGCGCGCUCGCCGCCGCCGGACCCCGACGCGCCCCUCAACCUGAGCAAGCAGCGCUCCCCUUCCCCUGCGCCGAUGAUGCUGCCCCGCUUCGCGCCGUACCCAUCCGUGCCAGACUCCCCCCAGUACAGCAUGCAGAAAGAGGACGAUUACAACGCGCAGUGUAACACGUCCUCCUGGGGCCAAUCACCCGCCGAAGACACCGAGAAGGCCAAGCUCGUCCGCCAACCGAAACGCGACGAGGCAGGCAAGCCUCACAUUAAGCGACCAAUGAACGCCUUCAUGGUCUGGGCCAAGGACGAACGCCGGAAGAUCCUCAAAGCGUGCCCGGAUAUGCAUAAUUCUAACAUAUCGAAGAUAUUGGGGGCGCGGUGGAAGGCCAUGUCGAACGCUGAGAAACAGCCGUAUUAUGAGGAGCAGUCGAGGCUGUCGAAGCAGCAUAUGGAGAAGCACCCAGAUUAUAGGUACCGACCGCGACCCAAGCGGACUUGCAUAGUCGACGGCAAGAAGAUGCGGAUAUCGGAAUACAAGAACCUGAUGCGCACGCGGCGCCAGGAGAUGCGACAGCUGUGGUGCCGGGAGGGGGGCAGCGAGCUGGGCUUAUUCCCCUCCCUGGCUUCCCCGGGGCCUUCGAACUCUUCCCCCCCUCCCAAUGGAGGUAACUACAUGAACCCCGGGUUCUCUCCCCCGCUGUCGCCGCGCGAGGACGAUUGAGGGCCGGCGCGCGGCUGGCCCUACCCGCACGCCGCGCCCCUCGCCCACCCCUCUCACCACCCCUGGUAAAGACCUUGGUCUAGAAAAGACUUUAUGGAACAUUUUUUGUGCUACUCGCCUGUAAAGUUGGGCGACAUCGAUGCCAGUGUCACAAUUGGAUCUCUCUCGUUUAUACAAAAUGUUUAAUUAUGAGAUUAUUCCAUUAGUGAAAUAAGCGUUAGGACCCUAUAGGGGUUAUUUGGAAUAUUUGGCGAUUAUGCAAAAUUGUGCCAAACGUUUAACCAACAAUUAGGGAAUUAGAUAAAAGUGUAUAUAAAACUUCAAUAUUUAAAACAUCAGUCCUGAUAUCGGGAAAAUGUACAUACAUCUUUGUAGAUACUUAA